CGGCGGUCGCGGCGGCGCGAGCACAGUCCCGACGCGGUACCGCGGUGGCGGCGGCGGUGGCGGCGGCGGUGGCGGCUCCAGCGAGCGGCCCCCUCCCUCCGCGCCCCCUCUCCCCUCCCCGAGGCGCUGCUUUCCACGGCGCCCGAGCCGCGCGGCUAGGCGGCGGCCAACUCGGGGUCAACUCACUAGCCCUUAAAAAUCCAUUCUCCCAAGAAGAAGGGACAGAAAGAAAGAUCACUUUGUAAGAAAGGCUUUGGUAUCCCAUGAACGAGCCAGCAGAACACCGAUUGGGGUGCACCAGGACUCCAGAGCCAGAUAUAAGGCUCAGAAAAGGGCACCAACUUGAUGAUACAAGGGGAGAUAAUAAUGACAGCCACCGAGGAGAUUUGGAGCCCAUUUUAGAGACGUCUGUUGGUUCUUCCUGUUAUAAAACUAGCUCUGAGGAACUUGAGUGUAAAGAUGACAGCUCCCAGGAAGAUGAAGGGUUUAUGGGCAUGUCUCCUCUCCUACAAGCCCAUCAUGCUAUGGAGAGAAUGGAAGAGUUUGUUUGUAAGGUUUGGGAAGGUCGGUGGCGAGUAAUCCCUCAUGACGUGCUACCAGAUUGGCUUAAGGAUAAUGACUUCCUUCUCCAUGGACACCGACCUCCUAUGCCUUCCUUCCGGGCCUGCUUUAAGAGCAUUUUCAGAAUACACACAGAGACAGGCAACAUCUGGACACAUCUCCUAGGUUGUGUAUUCUUCCUGUGCCUGGGGAUCUUUUAUAUGUUUCGCCCAAAUAUAUCCUUUGUGGCCCCUCUGCAAGAGAAAGUGGUCUUUGGGCUGUUCUUCUUGGGAGCCAUUCUCUGCCUUUCAUUUUCAUGGCUCUUCCACACAGUCUACUGCCACUCAGAAGGGGUCUCCCGACUCUUCUCUAAAUUGGAUUACUCUGGUAUUGCUCUUCUGAUCAUGGGAAGUUUUGUUCCUUGGCUUUAUUAUUCUUUCUACUGUAACCCACAACCUUGCUUCAUCUACCUGAUUGUCAUCUGUGUGCUGGGCAUUGCAGCCAUUAUCGUCUCCCAGUGGGACAUGUUUGCCACCCCUCAGUAUCGGGGGGUCAGAGCAGGAGUGUUUGUGGGCUUAGGCCUGAGUGGAAUCAUCCCAACCUUGCACUAUGUCAUCUCAGAAGGCUUCCUGAAGGCUGCCACCAUAGGGCAGAUAGGCUGGCUAAUGCUCAUGGCUAGCCUCUAUAUCACAGGAGCCGCACUCUACGCUGCCCGCAUCCCUGAACGCUUCUUUCCUGGCAAAUGUGACAUCUGGUUCCACUCUCAUCAGCUGUUCCACAUUUUUGUGGUUGCUGGUGCCUUCGUUCACUUCCACGGCGUCUCUAACCUGCAGGAAUUCCGGUUCAUGAUUGGCGGGGGCUGCACUGAAGAGGAUGCACUGUGAAACUGCAGGAGCCAGGGACUGUGACCCUGAACCCAGGCCUGCAGCUCCCACAGGCCUGCUUACUGGCUGUCGGUGCCAGUGCCAGAGAAGCCCCAAACCUGGACAGCUUCAUGGGCCUCGUGAUGGCCCAAGGGCUCCAUGGGGUACAAGACUAAGAAGAGAAAAGCAAAAAUAAAUCAUACCUCAAAGGAUGGAGUGCAUCAGUUUGGAGAAAAGGAGAAAUGGCCCAUCCCCUGACUUCCUUUUGGGAUCUACCGAUUGAGGGCAACUCUGCAAGACCCUUGCCUCACAGACUGGCUUCUCGUGUGACCGUAUUUAUUUGUAGAAGAUGGGCAUGUUUAGUGGGUGGUUCUUUCUUCUCCCUCUCUCUCCUUAAAGCAGUAAUACAUGAGUACCGUGCGCCAACUGAUUGUGCCACUGGAGCUCCUUAAAACCGUGAUCAAAACCAACUUAGGUGAACAUUUCUAUCCUACAAAGGGAGGAGUGUGAGUUUAAGCACUCUUUUGGGAGAACAAAGAAAUUAAUGUAAAUAAGAUUUCUAAUUUACUGUUUAAAUAAGAAUUUAUAUAAACAUUUAAAACAUAGGGGCAGGGGAGGGAGGGAGACUUUUUUUAAAAGAAUGAAACAUGCAAGUACCACACACUGUUUCAAUUUUGCACAAAGGGAUGGAAGGCGGAUGAGGUGGUAGCCCCAGAAUGCACGAUGUCUUGGUGCGCCAAGGUGCCUUCCAUAGGCCGAUACCACUUGGAUCCUGCUGGGGCAGAGGGUACAGCCCCAGCCCAGGGAUUUCCCGGCCACUCUCAAGACUGAGAGCUGUAGGCAUUCAGAGGAGGAGGGAAGUGAAAGAAGUGGUGUGUGCUUCCUCGGUGGAAGCAGCAGAGGUUGUUGUAAUGGCACUAGAGAAGGUAUCGUUUGAGAGACUGUCACGGAGGCCCUUUGAAGAGUGGAGCCACCUCGUCCUGCCCAAGUUGAAGAUGAGAAGCGAGGGGGAGGGCCCCUGGAGGGAGGGAGCACCAGCGCAGGGUCUGUCCGGUUCUUAUCUGAGGAGAGGUGUGGCCAUUUUCCAGCUCCUCUCUGUGGAGCCCUGGGCCAUUCUGCAAACUGCUCUAUUGAGAAUCACUGCCCUAACUAUCCUUCUUCCUCCUGGAAAUAAAAAACAACAUCCCACCCCUGCCCCCGCCCCCAACCAAACGGCAUCAUAGCUCCUGGCAUAGAGAGCCAGCCACUAGUGAGAUUCUGAUGAAAUCAAAUAGGCAGUUGUGGAGAGCCAUCCCUACUAGGAAUGAUGGUGCUUUUCUCUGGUGCACUGUCUUGGUAAGUGUGGUGUGGCAGAACAGGCUCUUCUGCCCUCCUUGGACAGAAAGUCAGCAGCGUCUACUGUGGAGUUGUUAGCACUCACUGAAUGCCAUUUGUAAGGAGUGUGGUACAGAGUUUAAAGGAAGUGGUAUGUUAUUGCCAGGUAGUCUAUAGACUCAAGCCCACGAUUUUGAAUUGCUGCUAGGAGUUACAAAUAAUUUCUCUGUCCCAGGGCCACCAUGUUAUGGGUUUUAGAGACUGGGGUCUAGCUUAUAAAAAUCUGAUCUUGGCUCCUCAGUGAGAAACCAAGCACUUGAGUCUCUAAGACUUCAGGCAGGCAUCACAUCCUGGGGCUGGUGGGUGUCACAGUGUAACAUGGGGCCUUGGGAUCUCAAAAGGGAGGCUUGGGAAUGUGUUCAGGCACUCGUAUUUAUUCGGUAGUGUUUUCUUGGUCGUUGUCAUCAUUGCCCUUCCUUUACUACAGCUGGGGAUCCAGGAAAGAGACCACUGUAAAACCUGGAAGAACUUAGGAGUGUUUGGCUGUGGAUAAGGUCACUGCCCUAGGUAGACCAAACAGAAGACUCUGGGUGAACAGCUUUGUGCCAGGCAGAGUUAAGAACAGUGUUAAUUCCUCAAGCAGUUUAGCAAGACAAUGUCCAUCUGGAAGGAAGCUCACCUAGGUUUGUGGUAGCAACAGCACAUAUCAGAAGCCAGACUUCCUCUCUGAUCCUUUUCUUUGGGAUAGAGCAUGAGACACACUCCCAUGACCUUACAGAAUAUAGAGGUCUUUGGGUCUAGUCAUCCUUCUUCCCAAAGAAGGGAGAAUCUGGUUCACCAUAGCACAAACUCUUAGGGAAAAGAAUCAACACCGCCAGUAUGUAGUCCAGUAACUUCCCUUCUGGGUGUGUGUGUGUGGGCACGUGUGUGCCCGAGUAUGUCUGCGCAGCUCACUACAACAGCCUCUAUGUGCACUUGACCUGGUGCCCCCGGGAGCUCGUCAGGUUGGCACCUGAAUGCCUUACCUUCAGCAGUCUGAGGCUGGCUUGCUCUGCGCACGUGUUUCAUUUUCUUGGCCCUAGGCCAGUUAGGAACCUGAACACCUUCAUUCUUUCAUCAGUAAAUAGUGGCCUUUUUCAGUAUUUCCCCUUUCUAAGUUGCUGAAGUCACAAAGCACACUUUUGGGGGAUCAUAGAAGGUUGGGGUUCCAGAAAGGCAUAUAUGUGACCGGUUCCAUUCACCAUGAGAUUUCCCUACUUGCUGUCUUCUCAAUUUCUCUAAUAAAAAGAGCCAAAUGGAAGAUGAA